AUGUUGCUCACAUGUCGUUUCACAGCAGCAACUUCUAGAUUAUCGGCGUGUACUCGGUCCUUUAGCAUUGAUUUUUCUCAUGAAAAACCAGCACCUCACCAAUUGGAGCAUGUGACGACCCGUCUCACUGAAACUGUUCCGCUCAUGUUCCGCCGACGAAUGGAUUAUACUUUUUAUCGAAAAGACGUUGUUUGUGAUGAUCAAAUUUUCUCAGUUGAAAAGCGAGGAAUUGAACAGCUGAUGAGCCAUUUUGGAAUGAUUGGAACAUUGGGACAGGUCUUCUUGCCACACGUGGAAAUGGAAAUGUUAUCAGUAGCUCCAGUCAUUGACGAAGGAACGGUUCGUUGUAGAUGGAGAGUCAAAUAUGUGUCAUUUACUCGAAUUAUUAUGAAUCCACGCCUUCUUCGAUUUGAUUAUCGAAUGCAAAAUUUGAGUUGGUUUGAUGGAUACUCCGUUUUAACGGUCGAUGGAAACGGAGAAGUUUAUAAAGUGACAUUGCAAAAAAUGCAACAAGACGAACAGAAAAGUCUGCUAACUUCGACUACCGAGAAGCUCAAAGAAAAAUUGGCUCCUUCUGCUGCCAACAAUUGAUCUUUUGUGUCGGCAUUAAUUUUAGAUUUUUACUCUAUAAGACUAACAUAUAGAUCUCGGUUUCAGUUACGAUUGUAAUCCUGUAUCAGCUGCCACUAUUUGUUUUUAUUGUUUUUUUUUUACUUUUCAACAGUUUUUUCUUCCUUUUCGCCGAAUGUUAUGAAUAAACAUUGUCAUGGGUUUAUAAUAAUAAUUUAUAAACUUCGAUGUUCCGUUUCGAGAUAAAUUUAUUUCGC